AUGGCCUGGGUGCUUUACAUCUUUGCGGCCAUGGCCGUGCCGCCUCUCUGUGCCGCACAGGGCCCAGCUUAUGAAGGAAAAAGCCUCUCCAUGUCAGGAUUUCAUCUUUGUACCAAGAAUGAGACCAGAAAUGUGAGCGUCCUGGUGGUGCACAAUGUCGCCCGCAAGGAGGAGAAGCCUUGUGGCGGCUGGCUGAUGUGGAUGACCUGCACGGUCACACUGUACCAGAUGGUCCACCAGAUCGAGUACAGAGAAGUCGAGCACCAGGUGACCCGGUGCUGCGAUGGCUACGAGAGAGUUGGUCGAUACUGUGCCCCCUCUGUUAAGAGGAGUGACGCGCUCGCUGCCAAGCCCGGAUCCUGUCCAAGAGCUGAUGGAUUCAUUCCCACAUCUGAAGACAGUGGGCGGGACUGUGAGUGGGACAUCCACUGUCCAGACUGGCAAAAAUGCUGUCCGGCGUCCAACGGAUCUGUCUGCACUGACCCUCACAGUGUCGCUAAUGCUGGCAGAUAUCGCUUUAAUGCCACUGUGACUGUAAGGACUGACUAUCAGCAGCUUUUGAUCAAGAAUGGAAGUCUUCUUAAUCACACCAGGAUACUUCAGGCAAUGGUGCCUGGCGUGCUGCAGGCGGACCCGCUGGUGUACUAUCUGGCCUCUUGGCCGGUGCAUCCACACAGAACAGCGACCUCUCUGCUGAUCGACAGCAGCUCUGCUCUUUCACUACACCAUGUCAGGUCCAGGCUACUGCUCCUCCUCAAACACAUACAGGAAGUGACAUCUGUGAGCGUGGACGAUGUCAACGAGUGUGCGCACGCAUCCCUCCGUCACUGCUCCCCUCAUGCGGAGUGUGUCAACACAGUGGGCUCCUACCAGUGCACAUGCACACAGGGCUAUUUAGAUGCUGACCCCGUCAACACUGGAGUCAACUGCACAGCUCCAGCUAUCACCAGCGUGCAGGUGGCCAACAUCACAGGAACAUCCUUCUGUGUGUACUGGUCCACCGAAAGUGAGGACGUUCAGGCCUUUAGGAUCACAGUGCACGCAGGAUCUGAGGCGGUAGCAGCUUGGGAUACCAAUAAUACCCUGGUGAAGGUGGAAGAGCUGAAGCCUGCUGUACUCUACAACGUGUCUGUUGAGCUGAGUAUCCAUGGAAACCAGGUCCAUACAGUUCACGUCGUGGUCAAAACUGAGGCUCAGACUGUCGACGCCACCACUCGACUCACCAACAUCCAGUUCACCGAUGACCUGAUGAACAGCAGCAGCGAGGCCUUUCGCAACCUCAGCGACAGCAUUAAAGAAGAGAUCUACAGAGCUCAUGAGCUAGAGGCCCUGGUGAAUUCUGGCCAGCUGAGAAUCGAGAUAAAGAACUUCUCACCAGGCAGUGUGGUGGUCAACUUCACCAUCGUCUUAAUUCCAUCUGACAGUCAAGACAUCGCAAAUACUUCCAAGGUGGUGAUCAACUCUCUGACCAACAGCUCCAAAUAUGCAGUAGAUGAAGACAGCACGAGCGUCACAGAUUUUGAUGAAUGUGCUUCGGGUGAUCACGACUGUUCCCAGAAGGCUGACUGUAUAAACAGCUGGGCCUCCUACACAUGUGUUUGCCAGGACGGGUUCACAGACAUCAACACACAGAGGCCAGGGAGAGCCUGUCAAGCUGCGCUGAGGACGACGCUUCCAACCUUGUCUGCUUCCUCAAUGGCAAACACAGUCUCCCAUCCCAGCACAACCACCCGAGCCUCAGCACCUGCAACUGCUGCAGGAGCCACAACUCUGACCUUUUCCACCGUGACCACAAAUGCACCUACAUUUACUGUUCCAUUCUCUCUUUCUGAUGCACCCACCUCUGUCUCCACUGCUCUCUUGCGUAGCACAACACCGACCUUCUCUGCCUCCCCUCUCGCCACUGUUUCCUCAUCGACCGCUCUCACAUCUCACUCCACUACGUCCAGAUCUGAAGACACAAGCCCAACCACUGCACCCCCAGAACAAAGUAGUGCAACCACAUUCCAGUUUGUUUCUCAUACGUCGACAUCCGCAGCACCCAUGUCUACACCUGUACACCUCCUUCCUCAGUCUACCACCUCCGUGUCAACACCAACCACGCCCGUACCUACAUCUACAGCCGCCUCCUCGUCUGCCGCACCUGCGACCCUGACAACCGCAUCAGUAACCCCAUCAACUGCACCAUUCACCAUGACUACCUCACCUACACCUACCACAACCAUGUCUACAUCAAUGGUACCUACGACCCAGUAUGGUACAGCCACAACUCUACCCACUGCUUCUUCAAGCCCUGCAACCGGAAUCAUAUCUUCAUCCACAGCAACAUCAACGUCUGCACCUACAUCCGUAUUUACCACCCCAUCCUCUACACGCAUGAACCCCUCGGGUGCACAAUUUAUCCAGAGUACUACGACUGGAACCCCAACCACUGCACCCACACUCCGAUCGACAGCCCCUACAGCAGCUGCUAUUGCCUCCCCAACCCCAUCUACAGCACCCUCAACCCCAUCGACAGCCCCUACAGCAGCUACUAUUGCCUCCCCAACCCCAUCUACAGCACCCUCAACCCCAUCUACAGCACCCUCAACCCCAUCUACAGCACCCUCAACCCCAUCGACAGCCCCUACAGCAGCUACCAUUGCCUCCCCAACCCCAUCUACAGCACCCUCAACCCCAUCGACAGCCCCUACAGCACCUACUGUUGCCUCCCCAACUCCAUCUACAGCACCCUCAACCCCAUCUACAGCACCCUCAACCCCAUCUACAGCCCCUACAGCAGCUACUAUUGCCUCCCCAACCCCAUCUACAGCACCCUCAAGCCCAUCUACAGCCCCCACAGUGUCUACAACUGCACCCACAACCUUGUCAACAUCACAUUUCAUCCAAACUACUACUACUUUAACCACAUCUCCUGAAACCAUAACCCCAUCGACCACCCCCAAACUAUCAUCUCCCACACCUACACCAUCCACUGCAGCCACACAGACAUCUACCUUCACCACACCUAUCUCACUACCUUUAACAUCUACAGCCCUUACAGCUCCUCCAUCUCUCCCCACAACCAUGAGCCAAUUGACAUCCGAAGCUCCAAAAUCCAACACCACAAAAUGCCAGGAGUCUUUGUUAGAGUCCAUUUCCGUCCAGUGUAGAGUAGCAGCCAUCACUGUCACUAUUGCCAGAGACGUCCUGCAGCAGUGUCGGAUCAUGGAGAGUAGCCUCUACCUUGGCCUGGAGGACUGCGGCGUCAACAGCAGCAACGCCACCCAUGUCCAACUGACUGUGGCAUGGAACGAGUGUGCAACAAGCCUCCUCCAUAACGACUCCGCCUACACAGUAACGGUGACGCUCCUGAACAAGAUGAAGCCGUACGUGUCUCCCACUGGGACCGUGGAGGCCAUCAGGAUGCGCCUGCAAGUUCCUAUCAUGUGCACCUACAUGAGAAGCAUGCUGAUGUCAGCUGACUUCAGCUCUGUAGGUUAUGACAUGAUCAAGGAUGUCAUCUCGAGCUCCGGGUCCUUCCACGUGACGGUGCAGCUGCUGAAUGGAACAGUGCCUCUGCCCCACAACUACACCUUAACCUCGGACGACGUGGUGGUGGUGGAGGUCAGCAUGAACACGUCUGUGGAGCAGAUCAAAGUAGUCAUCCACUCCUGCUGGGCCACCACGUCCCCGAACCCGGCUGACGCCAUCCGCUACACCUUCCUGGACAACAGAUGUUCUCUGAACUCCUACACCAAAGUUCUGAUGAACGGGAACUCCAGCACCUCCAGUGUGUCAGUCCAAAUCUUCUCUUUCGUCAACGCCAAAAUGAUCUACCUUCACUGUCAGGUGCAAAUCUGUGUGCAGAUGGGCUCCGACACCUGUGUGCCGGACUGUGUGCAGAGAACAGCUCGCCUCUCCAACACAAUUGGAACAGCUUUCGGCAGCUCCGGGCCUCUUCUCAACGCCGGUGAGGACUCCGCGGUGGAUGAGAGCGACACCUUGUACGUGGUGGGAAUCGCGUGUCUGGGUGUCAUUCUGACGCUCGCCUUCGUCAUCGGCUCCGUCUGCCUCUUCUACUGUCAGAGGAACCGCAUCGGACACUACAACUUCAACGUGAAACCCAAAGAGGAGAAGUUCAGCUACUUGGUGUUCAACACUUAGAGGUGCAGUAGUGGCUUAUGACCACUGGUCGGCGCGCCUUCAACAGCUAUUGGAAAGCCAUGAAUAAUCCGCUUUAUCAUGACAUGUUACUUCAGUUCUCAAAUGUG